AUGGCCGACAUCCGCACACUUCACUGGUAUGAGUCGGCGGCUGACAAUCAAGCGAUUACUGCCAAUGGCUGGAGAUUCCAGGUGGCCAAGUCGGUUGCUACAGGAAAUGGAGCACCCAUUUACAAUGUCGUGUGGCAGUCCCAAGGUGUUGCCCCCGUUACCGAUAUUUCCUGGAAAGCUCAGUAUGCUCUCAACUGGACCGCCGCUCUGAUCUCGCCUGACGUCAAAGUCAACGUUGGCGGUAGAUGGCAGCGAUGUAACAAAGGCGAGACCUACGAUCUAAACCCACAAGGAUACUGGGUGCCCUCUGCAACACCGGCUGGCCCUGAUGGUGCUGGCUGGCUCAACAUUGGCAACAUUGAUUAUGCAUACCCGCAUGUCCUUGGAAUCCAUAUCAUCGUGGGAGUUUUGAACAACCAGACAGGCAGAUACGAACCUAUCUUUGUGGACCAGGCAACCCUUCCGAAGGGUAGCUCGGCGAAAUACCAGCCACAAGAGAGUGUGAGUUGGUGGCUCGAGGGGAGUGAUCUCACUGGUCAGGUCUUCAGCGACACCAAAUCCAACGCCACAACCUUCGACUUCACGAAUCCGAGCAACCCCCUCACAGAUUCUUAUGAGUGGUCAACUUCGUACAUAAUGCGCCAAGACCAAUGGGUCAUUGCAGCCGGACCUGUUCCCCAGGCCUUCCGUGCACCUCCUCCGUCUGAAAACAGGGUCAACCCCCUCGGCGGGAAGGAUCCAAUUCUUCUCGACUUGGAUGUAGGAAGCUGGAUUGUCAGAUUCAACCCCCCCUUGCUCGGCGGUGCUAUGGGGGUCGCUGUCACAGCUCUCUCGGAAAAUCUCAAGCAACAGUUCAAGGGACUUGAGGUCCAGGCUGUGGGCAGCGAAGGCACCGCGCUCACAAUCCAGUACGAGGCUGGUUCGGCUCCUGGAGCCCUUGAACAUAUCGGAUUUCCCCGCGGUUCUCCCGGAUCUCAAAGCACAAUCGACAGCGCACUGAGGGAGUUGCAGACAGCCGGCGAACUCCCUCAAACCGAGGAAUGGCUUAUCGAGCCGGCACCCGUGGAGGAAACAAAUGGUUCAGCACCGAUCCAGGCGCGCAAGAGCAAACUCAAUGGGGCCAGCACCCAUACCAACACCAACAAUAACAGUAACAGCAACAACAGCGGCUUGGCCUACCGCUACGGCCCCGCCCCUACUGACCAAAACCCGAACAACUUUGCCGCCAACUACCAGACCAAGUCCCCCUUCCUGCAGCAGGGCUAUCCCUCAAACCCCAUCUCAACCUAG